AUGGCUCCCACCAAGCGCCCCUCCGGUUCAGCACCUCUUGCCCGAAAGCGCCCACGACUCCCAAAACGACCUGAAGAACAUGAAGAUUUACUGACUGACGAGUCUGAAAUAUCUUACCGAACAUUGACUCCACUGCCAGGCCGCACUCGGAGUAGUCAAUCGACCACCGCCGCUCAAAUAACUCGGAAAGGUCUUCUCCGUUCCUCCGAAACCCCCACUGGGAGGAGCAGUCCUAGGAGGGUAGAAUUCCAUCUCCCCGAGGAUCAUACUGAUAAUUUUGAAGCGCAGGAGGAGCCUGAGGCAAUUGAGGCGCCAGAGGCAAUUGAGGCGCCAGAGGUGGAAGAAAUAGUUGAUACUAGCCACUCAGACUAUGAUGAUGCUCCGGAGAAUGACCACGAGAGCUCUCAGGAGGAUGAGAAUGAACCGGAGGAUGAACCUCAAGCCCCCCCCCCCAUCUUACACCCAGAAGUCUCAGGCUGUCGGAAAGAGACCUCAUACAGUUCAGCCGACUUCUGCCAGAGCACUGGGCAAUGCUCGGAGGAAACCAACUGGCGCGGUAGCGGAGGUCAUUGCUUCUUCCAAGGUGUCAGUGGACGUGGUACAGGUUUGACUCUAUCUCGCUCAUUGAUGCUUUUUAAAAUGCCCUCUGCACCUGUUUAUGCUCAUGAGUAUACCUCUUCUACGCGCCAUAUCGAUUUUUCCUCGAUGCGCUCUGGAUACGGGGAGUCGUCCCCCACUUACCGGACAUAUCGUUCUUCACCGCCUAGCGAGGUAAUUGGCGAGAACUCUGAGGACGAGAGUACUCCGAUGCCGGAAAGCGAGGGUAUUUUGAUUCCGGGAAGCGAGGUUAGUAUUCCGGAGGACACUCACGACGUCUUUGAGAACACUGGCGACAUUCCUUCGAGCCAAUUGACUCAGAGGUCUGUGGUCCCUAACUCUAGGAGUGCAAAUGUGCUGUCAGUGCAGGCUCAGAGGAUUGAGAAGGAGUGUAGCGUGUUAAUCGGGGAGCAUACUCUGCUACAUGAGCCCUUUCCACCUGCAGCAAGACUUUCGGUACUGGUAGUGAGCAUGUGGGUAACUGCUAGUCGCCGAGUGGGGUGUAGGGUAGACCUUGAUGAGGUUGUUAUUAAACAGGUCAGAAGUCUGCACUCCCGUGUCCGUUCCCACUUGAUGCACGAGGUGAAAGGGCGCCUGGCGGACUCUACGAUAUACGGGCUUGGAGAUUUUGUGGGGCCUGAGGCGAGGGCGGCUCAAGUGGAAUACCUUUUGAAGAAUGAUCGUUUCUUGAGCCCUCAACAGCAUUACGAGACCUACCGACUGCGCUUCCUGGCUCCGGAAAUUAUCGAUAUAUUGUAUUUUAAAUACUUCGAUGGGGUAAGAAUGCGAGGGGUUAGGGAUCCCGAAUUUCUAGAGCGGAUAACCCCUACCCUUAUUUGCCUGAUAUCGACGGCGAUCUGGCACGGCAUUCGGGCGUGGUCAACAGGGAGUUACGUGAAGCCUGAUAAUUUUCAGUCGCAGAAUGAGAGUGUUGUGAAAACGUUCAACAGGAUGAGCAACACUUGGAAGGGGAGAAGUAAACAGAACCAGGAGGCAACCUUGGAGGUAAUCAAAGAUAACCUUCGAGAAAAGGACGAUGAAGCUCGGGCUGCGGAUCUUGCUGCAUUCCGAGAUGCUCGGAGAACACCCACGAGUGCUCCAGGAGGUCGGGUUGAUUCCGACAGCGCCCAGGACGAAGUGAUUAAUGCCCGACUUCGCGGCAUUGGCACCGAAGAGGAGGGGGAGGAGGAAGAAGAAGAGCCGGAAUUACCUGUAGCGGGGGAUUACGAAGGGGGGGUGGAGGAGGAUGUGUAG